GAUUAUGAUUUACAUGAAAGUAUGCAAUAUAGCACAUAUUUUCUUGAUAAAAUAACAAAUACCAUUAUAAUGAAAAACUGUUGAAAUUAUAAAAUUUUGUUAAACUGUGCACAGCUGUGUUAGCCCCACAGAGGAUACAACUACAUAUUCGUAUUCAUUCAUUCGAAGUCAUGUGACCCAAUUUUUAAACAAAACAGUGUCAUCUUCGUUUGUGACGCGUAAGUUUUUGCCAAACAUUAAAUAUGAAGUUCGAUGAUAUUCUUCAAGAUGUUGGGGAAUUUGGAAAAUACCAAAAGCUUGUGUAUUUCUUGCUGUGCCUUCCGUCCUUUGCUUGUGGUCUAUUUAUGAUGCAUUUGGUAUUUGUCAUGGAAACGCCUAAUCAUAGAUGCAAAAUAGCGGACUAUCCUGGCGAUACAUACGAUAUCCAGAGCCUCGAUCACCAGCGCGCGGUGGAUAUAUCCAUUCCAAGAGAUUCCAUUGGAACUUAUCAGAAAUGCAGCUUUUAUUCAUACGCGGCCAAUCAAACAGCUAUUAUGUAUAACGGAACAAUUAGGGAAGAAAAUUUUACCAUUGGUGUGAAUGCAACACUUCAGACAUGUUCCGCAUGGGUCUAUGAAAGAUCAGUCUUUAAAGAAACGUAUACAUCUGAGCACAACCUCGUGUGUGACGAUGCCAUAUUGGUGUCGCAUUCCAGGAUGAUUUUCUACCUUGGAGUUCUGGUCGGUGAUAUCCUCUUUGGUUGGUCAUCGGAUAAGAUGGGAAGAAAGACAACUAUGUAUGUAGGGGGACUCUUACUUAUCGCAGCUGCAUUUGCCGUGUCCUGGGCCCCAGAAAUAAUCAGUUUUACUGUCUUAGAAUUCAUCAUUGGAGGCACAAAUCACGGUUCUUUCCUCUGCGCCAAUGUGCUCGGACAGGAGUUGGUGGGACCGUCCAAGAGGAAAUACACUGGGACCAUUCAGCAUAUGUUUUUCUCCAUUGGUCUUGUUUACCAAACAAUAGUCUAUUACUUUUCGCGUGAUUGGCAGAUAUCCUGCAUCGUUCUAGCGACAUCCUGUCUCGUUGUCCUUCCAUUGUGGUGGCUUGUCCCCGAAUCCCCAAGAUGGCUGAUUUCUCAAGGUCGUAACGAAGAGGCUAAUGUCAUCCUGCAAAAGAUAGCCAAGGUGAAUGGAACCAAGGUGUCGCCGGAUGUUGUCAGGAAUCUCACCAUAAAGAAGGAGAAGACCGGGAGUUUUAAGGACCUUUUGAAAAGCAAGACGAUGUGUAUUAGAGCCAUCAUUUUGUGUUUCAACUGGAUGGCGGUUUGUUUGAUGUACUACGGAGUGACUUUUAAUGCGGGAAACAUCGGUGACUUUUACCUGAACUUUUUCUUGAUGGGGAUUGUGGAAUUUCCAGGCAUUUUAACCACUAUUGCGCUAAUUGACAGGAUUGGGCGGAAAAAGCUUCAUUUGCUUUGUAUGAUGGUAGGGGGAGUGGCCUGUCUCUGUACCAUUUUUACAGUGAGCUUCGCCAGAGAAACUUUAAGACCAUUGACAAUUACAUUGGCGGCGAUAGGCAAGAUGGCCUCCUCUGCCGCUUUUGUGUGUGUCUACAUAUUUACUGUGGAGUUAUUCCCUACCGUCAUCAGAAACAUUGCCCUGGGAGGCGGUUCUUGUUUUGCCAGAAUAGGAAGCAUGAUAGCACCGUACUUUGUUGCACUUGGUAUGACCAUUGGAGGCUCUAUCGGAGAGGCCUUGCCCCUAGUGAUUUUCGGUGCUGCCUCGGUUACAGCUGGUCUUAUGUGCCUAUAUUUACCAGAGACCCUAAAUCAGAAAUUACCAGAAACCAUCGAGGACGGAAUAAACUUUGGAAGAGGUAAAGCGACAUUGGUGAUGGAUGUAAAUGGAAAAGACGAGACAGAAGGAGAACUUGUCGGCGACAAUGCAGAAAACGACGAACUUUAACAAUCUUGCUUAAAUGUACGAGGAUGAUCAGAAUGCUACUGUAAAACUAAAAUUCAGCCACAUAUACAAAAUUUCGCGAUUCGAUUCCAGACCAUAUAUGCCAGCACAAUCUCACAUACAACGUUAAAUCUACAUUACCGGACAGAAAUACACAGAAAGUAAACAACGGCCUAAAAACAGAAUAUAUGAUAAUGUAUAUUUUCUUUUCUAUCAAAUUUCAAGAUAUGCUUAAUUUUUUUUUAUUUUGACGAAGAUAAGUACUACGGUAUUCUAUGAGUACUGCGGUAAAAUGAAGAGAGAGAAAAAAACAUAAAAAGAGAUAUUUAAAACACAGCCUGUCUUUCUACACGCAGCUGAGUGCUGAUCACGUGACUGUCUUACUUGCAUACCACGUGCUAUUUCCCCAGCAAUACUUGAAUCUGUGCAUAUCUAACUACCUUUUAGUGUUUUACACAUGAUCUAGCAUAAUUAAUUCAGUCUGAUAGGUCUCAACUCCUAUAACUCGAUGUCAAAACUUACUAUUGUUUUCUUUCCGACCAUGCGAAAAGAAGGUGCGCGCAAUGCUUCCAGUAUGCAAAGAUGUCCGAGAGUUAAAUUUGUCAAGAAUGAAAUAUGACAAUGUCAAUAUCUUUCUUCUCUUAAACUGAAUUACAGUGUAGAGAAGUAAACAAAGUGAACGUAAUAUAGAUGUACGUGUAAGUCGUGCGUAAUGGUACAUUUUGAAUAUAAAAAUAAUACAAAGAUUUUCUUAUCACUUUUUAUUACUUUCUUUUUGGUGUGUGUUCUAGAUGUCCCUAAUCAACAGUAAAAGUGUAGUCCUAGCUUUCAUCCAGAUUUAAUGCACAUAUCACAAUGCACCAGUUAUAUGUAAAAUGUCUAAUGAAAAAUGGUUCAAUGUUCGUGUUAUGGGCAUUCCGACUUUAGAAUCAAUUUCACUGAAGUAUAUGAACAUGAUAUAGAGACGCUACAGUUGCACAAAUGAUGGUCGGAGAUUGCGCUGGCUUACAUGGCUCCUUGUUUACAGUUGUACAAAUGAUGGUCGGAGAUUGCGCUGGCUUACAUGGCUCCUUGGUAUUAGUAGACAUCGUACGUGCUGAAAUUUACAGCAGUUGAUCUUUUUUUCUAUUCAUGCUCAGAAUUUUAAAUGAUUUUACGACCCCAGUCUGAGAACGUUUUCAUCAACAACUGUAUACUAAUUUAUGUACAUGUAAUUGUUCUUGUUCUGCACUGUGUGCAUUUUCUCUUUUGUAAUCUGAAUUAUAAGAUUGAUAUUCUUGUACAAUAUUAUUUGGAAAUAAUGAAAACAGCAAUGUGUUAUGCUUUACUUCCAAUAUUUACCACGAUUAUAUGUUGUAUUGUUGAUAUUGUCAGUAAAAGUUUUUAUACAAAA